AUGAAAGGACUUGCAAUUUGGAUCAUCUUUCUACCGAACGCUUUCUGUGGUUUGUUACCAAUUGUAGACGACGAUCACGUGCAGUACAAUCAUCUCCUGAGUGCGUUAGCCUUUCAUUUCAACCGUACCAAGUUUCCGGUGGUGUUUUGGCUGGAUACAUCGGUGCAGGAAAGAAACAGCUCCGAUACGCUCAAUGCAAUUCUGCUAGCUCAUAGCAGCUGGAUGAGUAGGGCCGUUCGGAACGGAUCAGAAUGUGACCGGAAAAAUCGUUUGCAAAAUGUAUUUAUUCUGCCAACGUAUGACGCGAUGCGGAAGUUCAUCCUAAACCUCGACUACGAUUGUUUUUAUCCUUCCGGACUUUACAUUUUCACCGUUAUGGAAGAGUGUGUGAGCGAAAGUGAUGUGCGAAUUGUGUUUCAAACAGUUUGGAGUAAAAGAAUUCUAAAUGUAGCGUUUAUAGUUCGUUCGCUGGAUAAAGCUUAUAGAGCAUACCGGUACGAACCGUACCAGGACCAAAAUUGUGGUAGCGUGCAGCUGAAAUUGUUGGACAAGUACAAACACAACCGAUGGCAAAGGAUGAAGCAUUGGUUUAAGCGUACGCUACCAAAUUUCCACGGCUGUCCGCUGAAGGCAGUAACUUUUAAUACAAGUCCAUUUGUAAUGAUAACAACUGACGCCAACGGCCGUACCAAGCACGUGGGACUGGAAGUGAGCAUCUUCGAAAGUAUAGCGGCGAGGCUUAAUUUCACCAUCGAGUACGUUGCACCGCCAGGGAAUACGAAAUGGGGCGUACUGUUGCCCUUCAACAGUACCGGACAGAUGGGAAUGCUGCAGCGCAGUGAGGCGGAUGUAGGAUUCGCCAGUGUUGGUCGUAGCAUCGAUCGAAACACAUACCUGCGGUCCAGCAUACCGAGCAUUGUGACGCAGCUGUCGAUGACAAUUCCGCCGAAGGUACCGUACACGUCGCUGGAGAAGCUAUUUCUACCGUUCAGUUUGCCCGCCUGGUUACUGGUCGCUGUCGGUUACCUGGUGAUAUACUGUCUGUAUGUGGCACUGUUUCGUGCAAAGCAUCAUGCGUAUACGGAACACAUUCCCGGCAUUUUCUACACGAUCUGGACCAUCCUAAUGGGUGGACCGGGGUAUCCGGCAAGGCGAGACAGUACUCGACUGUACGUGAUCAGUCUGGUGCUGAAUGCGUUCGUCGUACGUAACCUUUAUCAGUCAGCAUUGUUUCAAUACCUGAAAUCGAACGACGUGAUGGCUGCCAAUUUGCAUACGUACAAUGAUAUUAAUAAGGCUGGCUUGAGCUACUACAUGUUUCGGACGACUUCGAAAUAUUAUGAGGACAAUCCGGAAGUUAACCAAACGAUUCGCUUCAUCGCGAACGAAAACACAGCCUGGCAUGAGGUAAUAUACAACAUAUCCCAGCACCGGCUAGCAGGUGUAAUUCCUCUUCCGCUCGACACCAUAUACCACUACGUCAAACAUUACGGCCACCAGGGCAUGGUGUACGUGAGCGAACACACCAGUAUCAGUUUCUUUAUCGCGUUUCACUUUCCAAGGAUUUCCGCACUACAGAGACCGUUCGACUAUUUGCUACAUCAGCUACAUGCCGGUGGAUUCAUCGUUAACUGGAUGAGCAGCUACCGGGACAAUCGGUACAUGUGGAUGAACUCCGAGCAGGAUGGCGUACCGACCCCGCUGGCUCUGCACCAAGUGUCGGGUGGAUUCUACUUGUGGGCAUUCUGUACGGUCGUAGCAAUGGUGGUGUUUGCCGGAGAGCUGAUACUAUCAAGGAUCAAAACACGCGUGUAA